GGUUUUGCCCAUUCGGAAGCUGUCAACGACAACAUUGAAGCUCUUUUAGCUCCAACAAUGGCGGCGGCUACGCAUCUCCUCCCCCAAGCUUCGUCUCUUCCCAAAACCCUAACUCACCACCAAUUCACGCAAAACCCAUUUCCCAGAAUCCCCAUCUCGCCACUUAAAUCGAACUUCAAGUCCCUGAAACGCCUCUACCUCAAAGCCGCCGUCUCCCAGAACCCCGCGAAAACCCUAACCAAGGAUUCUAGCCAUCAGACCGCGUCAUUUCAGCACUGUUUCAAGAAAUCCUCAGAUGGGUUCCUCUAUUGCGAGGGAGCUAGGGUUCAUGACAUCAUCGAGAGCGUGGAGAAGAGACCCUUUUACUUGUACAGUAAGCCACAGAUCACCCGGAACUUCGAGGCGUACAGCGCGGCGUUGGAAGGGCUGCGAUCGAUCAUCGGUUACGCGAUAAAAGCCAAUAAUAAUCUCAAGGUUUUGGAGCAUUUGAGGGGUUUGGGCUGUGGUGCUGUGCUCGUCAGCGGGAAUGAGCUCCGGCUUGCUCUUCGUGCUGGUUUCGAUCCAGCAAAGUGCAUUUUCAACGGAAAUGGCAAGCUCUUGGAGGAUUUGGUUCUAGCUGCUCAAGAAGGUGUUUUCGUAAAUGUUGAUAGUGAGUUUGACUUGGAGAACAUCGUGCAAGCUUCGAGAAUUUCCGGAAAGAAGGUCAAUGUUCUGCUUCGAAUCAAUCCUGAUGUCGACCCUCAGGUGCAUCCAUAUGUGGCUACAGGGAACAAGAACUCGAAGUUUGGUAUUAGGAAUGAGAAGCUCCAGUGGUUUCUGGACGAGGUGAAAGCGCAUCCCGAGGAGCUGAAGCUUGUCGGAGCACAUUGUCAUCUUGGAUCUACCAUUACAAAGGUGGAUAUAUUCAGAGAUGCUGCUGUUCUUAUGGUGAAAUAUAUCGAUGAAAUUCGAGCUCAAGGCUUUGAAGUUAAUUACUUGAACAUUGGUGGUGGUUUAGGGAUAGAUUAUUACCACACUGGUGCCAUCCUUCCCUCACCAAGGGAUCUCAUUGACACUGUGAGAGAACUGGUCCUUUCCCGGGACUUGAAUCUAAUAAUCGAGCCAGGGAGAUCACUAAUCGCAAACACUUGCUGUUUCGUCAACCACGUUACCGGUGUGAAAACAAAUGGAACUAAAAACUUCAUAGUGGUCGAUGGAAGUAUGGCUGAACUUAUCCGGCCAAGCCUAUACGGUGCCUACCAGCACAUUGAAUUGGUCUCUCCGCCACCACCCGAGUUGUCCGAGGUGUCCACGUUCGAUAUCGUGGGUCCCGUGUGCGAGUCUGCCGAUUUCUUGGGGAAAGACAGAGAGCUUCCUACCCCUCCAAAGGGCGCAGGUCUGGUGGUCCACGAUGCGGGUGCGUACUGUAUGAGCAUGGCUUCGACCUACAAUCUCAAAAUGCGCCCUCCUGAAUACUGGGUUGAAGAAGAUGGAUCGAUCGCCAAGAUCAGGCAUGGAGAGACAUUCGACGAUCAUUUGCGUUUCUUUGAAGGUCUUUGAGCUAAAAAAAGAGUUUCGCUUUGUCUUUUUUAUCAGACUAGAGAUUUUGCAAAUUCAGAGGCAUGUUGUUGUCGUUGUUUGGGAAUUCCAAUAAAUUUACCCCAUCGUUGUAUCUGUGCUGUCAUGUCGGUAGAACAUGAAGUGAUAGCUGAACUGUUUAAUCCAAAUUACAAUACAUUUCACUUCGAGGACA